CCAGCCACGGACCCCCACACACCGCCACAUUCGGACCCUUGUUGGUACCUCUGACGAAAUCUAACCUAAAGUCAACACCAUCGCUUCACAAGACAAUUCUUCUCACAACAUCUGCCAGUCUGACAUGUUAUGAAAUAUAGCUGCCAAAGAUGGCAGCUUCCAUCCCCUUUCUUGAGUUUAUUUCAGCUCUCUUUGGUUGGGUCUACACUCUCUGCUGGUCAUUAUCAUUCUAUCCACAACCGAUCUUGAACUGGCGCCGCUCUUCCACAUCUGGAACAACAAUAGAUUUCCCUGCCAUUAAGUGGGUGUUUUCCGUUUCGAUACCCUCUGUUUAGACCAAUCUGAGGAGUUUGAGACUUUACUUCUUCCGAAGCGGUCUCUUACUCCUUAUCUGUUCUGAUACUCUUCAGUACCACUCAGAGAUAAAUACGCUGACUUUUAUAUACUCCAUAGUGUUGUCGGGUUCCUUGCAUACUUUGUCUUCAAUGCCGCAUUUCUCUGGUCCCCGCAGAUACACAAUGAAUAUGCCCAGAGAAAUCAUGGCCUUACCCCAACGGUCCAGCUCAACGAUUUAGCGUUUGCGGCCCAUGCCGUUGUUACCAGCAUAAUCACCCUCUCUCAAUUUUGGCCAGCACUUUGGAGGUUCGAGAAGAGAGGCAGAAGAGAGCCGGGAGUUCGAGUUAGCAAAGGGAUACAAGGGAUAAUUGUGGGAAGUAUCUUGGGGGUCGCAACCACUGCCUUUAUCGUUGUGGUACGAAACGACCAGAACCCUGCAACAGGUUGGGCAUGGAUUGAUGUGGUAAGUCACACAAUCAAGGAAUGCAGACUUCCAGCUAAAUUGGUUCUUCUCAGAUUUACGCAACUUCCUACGUCAAGUUGUUUGUUACACUCGUCAAAUACAUGCCCCAAGUUACCACGAAUUACCGAAACCAAAGUACCACUGGUUGGUCCAUAUCCCAAAUCCUCCUCGACUUCAUUGGUGGAAUCCUCUCCAUCACGCAGCUGUGCAUCGAUAGUUACUUACAAGGCGACUGGUCUGGCAUAACUGGGAACCCAGUCAAGUUAGGUCUUGGAAACAUCAGCGUGUUUUUCGACAUUAUUUUCAUGAUCCAGCAUUACUGGCUCUACAGAGGAGCGCAAGGUAAGGCGGCCGAAGAGGAUUCUCUGAUUGAUGGUUCCUCUAGAGAAGAGAGAAUUGAAUAGAUUAGAUGGUUGACCAUAGCGGAGAUACUCAUCUUGGGUCUUGGUUGUAUUUCAUUUUAGGGAUAGACAGAGAUGG